UUGGGUGACCCACGAAAAUUGUAUAGAUCUAGCUGUGAUAUAUAAAGGUGAAGUUGCUGCGAUCGUGGAGUCUCUAGCUCUGUUGAUGUCUGUAUAUCAAAAGCAAUUAAGAAGAUGAGCCAGAAGAGUGCUACAGCCAAAGAUGGCAGCAGGGGAGCAUCGACAGGCGGCGGAUCUAAAAGCAAAAGUGUUUUUCUCACUCGACAAGCAAACAAGAAAGUAGUGACAGAAGCUGAUCUCAUCUCAAAAAAAGACCCAGUCACACCAGAAGAUGUGCUGGGUCUAGAAACAGCCACCUCUGAUUACUUAUGUUCAAUUGACGACAAUACUUACGGACUAGAGUUCAUCAGAUUCAGAAUUAGAGACAUGGCUACUCAAGCAGUGCUCUUCGAAGUACGCAAACGACCAGAACCAGAGGAACCUGAAUAUCUCCCCCCAAAUGCUGGUCGUUUUGUUCGCUACAUAUUUCCUCCUCAGUUCCUUGACCUCAAAACCAUAGGAGCAACGGUGGAGUUUAAUGUGGGUGACAACGAGUUAAAGAAGCUACGGAUGAUUGAGAGGCACUACUUCAGAACAAAACUUCUCAAGAGUUUCGAUUUUGACUUUGGUUUCUGUAUGCCUAACAGUACCAAUACGUGUGAGAGCAUAUACGAGAUGCCUUGUCUGACACCAGAAGAGAUGCAGGAAUUGAUUGACAAUCCAUUUGAGACCAAAUCUGACAGCUUCUACUUCGUCGAUGACAAACUCAUCAUGCACAACAAGGCUGACUACGGGUAUAAUGGUACCAAAUCUUGAUCCCCUGGAAAUAGACUGUGCGUGUAGGGAUAAACACUUGCACACAGGGCAUUCUCAUAUAAUUGUAUUACUAUUUCAAAUUCUUGAUUUUGUUAUGUACAUUGAACAAAUAAUACUUUAUUUAUGUUGUACAUGCAUGUACAAAGAGACCUAAUUUAUUGAAAACCUA